CAGAUUUGGUUUUUCUGGAUAGAGAGCUUAAACUCAAACUUGUAUACAAUACUCUGAUUUUGCCAAAGCUUCAUCUGAUUAGGUUGCGUAGAUCCUGAUUAAAAAAAAUCACGAUUUCGUCGCGUGUUGUUUAGGGUUAAAUUAAGAAGUUAUGGCGAGUGAAGAUGAAUCGAUUGAACAAAAGGCUGCUGCUCGUAAAGAGGCACUUAGAGCUCUAAGGGCAGCUCAGGAACUGUCAGAGACCAAGGAAGACGGAGAAGAUGAAGCAGUCGAAGAAGAUGGUCCAGCCAUGAAAUUUAGAAAUUAUGUGCCUCAAGCUAAGGAGCUUCAGGAUGGUAAAGUUGCUCCACCAGAGCUACCUCAAUUCGAAGAUCCGAUAGUUGCACUUCCAGCUGCUGUGGAGAAGAAAGAGGACCCAUUUGUCAACAUUGCUCCAAAGAAGCCUAACUGGGACCUUCGAAGAGAUGUGCAGAAGAAGCUUGAUAAGCUCGAAAGGCGGACUCAAAAAGCAAUGUACAAACUCAUGGCUGAGCAUGAGAAAGAACGUGAGAUAACUGAAGCUGAUGGUAACACCAUAGAAAGUUGAAAGCUGACGACAUCAUCAAAGAAGCCACCGAAUCAUCUUAUAUUCUACUCAGUUAAAGCUUCUAUUCAAAGUGACUAGACCAUAGGACUUGAUUUCUCUUGUGAAAAAACCUACUGUCGUAGACAUAGACACAAGAGUAUGUUUAUGUUCUUGUGUCAAGAAAAAAACGUUUAACAAUUUUUGGACUUGGAUAGUGAAUCAGUGAUGUUUAUAUUUCGGGCCGGCGUAGAACAAUAUGGCGCUGUUUGUGUUUUCCCAAAGAUUUGGUCCGUUCAACUCGGUUUUUAACUGUUUCUUUA